GCGUGAAUAUUGGAGGCGGGAAGCAGUCCAUUAUGUGCAUUUUCGGGGAACUGAGUCCUAGUCCUAAGGGACUAAGGGACUUUGCUUUGGCACUUUGGAGACGAGCAAAUGAGUCUUUGCAGGAGCUCAAGCACACGUUCACCACUCCGUUUCCUGGGCCACAAUCCCUCAAGCCACCCCUGUCAACCAGUCCAAGAUAUCAAUCAUCAACCCCAAGGUCAGGCAGGGAAUCACUCAGACUCACAAGAAAAGAUCAUCAAGGGGCUGUGCACAGACUCAAGGCAAUGCUGCAGCAGCAGCAGCAGCACAUGUCACUGCAGCGCACUCAUCAUGAUGAUGAUGUAUUCCAGCGCAGUGCAUUUACACACACUCCCGGAACCGGACCAAGGCUGGAUAUGGGACGGCCAUCCCAUGUGGAUCCUACAACCUCGUCUGGAUUGGGGGGCAAGUCACAGACGACAGGGGAGAACGAGCCAAGUCUUGAAGACAUCUUACCAUUCAUGAGCAGCCAAAGUGCUUACAUACAGCAACUAGAGGGAGAAAAUGCCUUCUGUAAGGAUGAGCUAGCCUCCAUGAGAGCCAAGAUUCAGAGCGUCGUGGACGACAACAUCCGACUUCACGAGGAGUUGAAGACAUCAGUAGUCAAGCUAGCAUUAGGGGAAGGACAGACUGAUCAGGACACUGAAGAUCACAAAAAGGAUGCACCUACCUCAACUGCAGGACUAGCGAAUGUAACCCCAGAAACUCCAAUGGACAAGAACUCGUUUGGGAGAUUUGCACAGGAAUUGGAGCAGAUGAAAGCUCUUCAUGAAGCAAAGACGAACCGUCUAGAAGCUCAACUUUCCUACACAAGGUCAGAGCUUGAGAAAUACGAGAGACAAUGCGAUGAGCUGCGUUCUAAGCUCCGCAUGGCCGAGUCCGUCAAUCUCAUGUCAAGAGAAGAAUCUCAACUGGAGAAUGGUUUAUGUGUCAGGUGUGCCCAACAUGAAGCAGUCAUUGCAUCUACACAUGGAAGCGCCCAUGCUAAGGCAGUUGAGCGAAUCACAGGUGAAAGGGAUGAAUUGAUGGAAACGUUGACAAGACAAAGGGCAUCGAUGAAUGAUUUGAAGCAGAGAGAAUCUGAUGCAUACAAUCAGGUCAAACAGAGUGUCACCAUGGUGGAGCAAGCACAGCUGGAGAAAACUGAGCUCCUUGUCCAGAGAGAGCAACUCAAAGAUGAUCAACAUCGUCUUCAGCAGAGGAUGGAGGAGAUGAUACUGGAACACCAACGCAAACUGCUUCAAGAACGGGAACUCACCAGGAAGGAAUGCCAGCAUGAACUGCAACAACUCAGCCAAAAGAUUGCCAAGUUAACAGAGGACCUAGUGUCCACCCAGAACCAGUUGGAUCGAGUCACCAGGGAGAAAGUUGCUGUCCAGUCAGAGCUUGAGCAGUGUAAAAGCCAGAUCAUGCAACACAGCAAUGAAAUCAGUCAGGUAUCCCACGGUGUGCACCUAUCAACAGCGACUGCCAAGGUACAGAGAGAUGAAGCACUGAGGCAGCUGGAGAGACUGAAGCAUGCCACGGAGCAAGAAGUCAGGGACAAAGAGCAGGAAAUUGUUCGGUUGAACAAAGCACUGUUAGAAACAAGAAGGCGGUUAGAAACGGCAGAGAAAGAAGCAACAAUCAGCCGAGAAGAGUGUAUCAGACUGACAGAGAACCUCAACGCAUCUGAGAGAGAGACGAGCCAAAUCAAGAUGGCGAGAGACAGUCUUGAGAGAAGCCGACAUGAGGAAGUGAAGACUGUGACGCGCAGAGCACAGCAACGAGAGAUGGACCAACAACAGACUAUACAUGAACUAGAAUCUAAAUACUCUCUAACAGUGGCAGAAUUAGAAGACAUGGUAUCCAACCAGAGUUCAUUGAUCAGUAAACUCAGGGAUGAAGGUAGAACACUGACGGAGCAGUUGGAUCAACUCAGUAAUAAAUACAGAACUGAAAUCCGAAGGUUGAAGCAGACCAAUGCAGAGUUGUCCAGUCGACUGGACAGACUGACCAAUCAACACGCCGAGAUGGAAACGCAGUGCGUAGAUCACGGCAGAAUGCACAAGAAGAUGACCAAUAAACUACAUCAGAUGGAGGAACACGCACAGAGGAGCUCUCAACAGAUUUAUGAGCUUCUUGAGAAGCAGACAAGCUUAAUGCAAGACAGACAGAUGCUGAGCAAGGAGGUCGACUUCCUGAGAUCUCAGCAGAAGAACGCCUCGUUACUCAGUACAAGACAUUCCCCGGCUGAUCUGGAUAUGACACCAGAACUAGACAUGAACAUUCCUGGAAGGGGAGGUAAUGGUUGACUUCCUGAGAUCUCAACAAAAGAACGCCUCGUUACUCAGUACAAGACAAUCCCCUGCUGAUCUGGAUAUGACACUUGAAUUAGACAUGAACAUUCCUGGAAGGGGAGGUAAUGGUUGACUUCCUUAGAUCUCAACAGAAGAACGCCUCGUUACUCAGUACAAGACAAUCCCCUGCUGAUCUGGAUAUGACACCAGAACUAGACAUGAACAUUCCUGGAAGGGCAGGUAAUGGUUGACUUCCUGAGAUCUCAGCAGAAGAACGCCUCGUUACUCAGUACAAGACAAUCCCCCGCUGAUCUGGAUAUGACACCAGAACUAGACAUGAACAUUCCUGGAAGGGGAGGUAAUGGUCGACUUCCUUAGAUCUCAACAGAAGAACGCCUCGUUACUCAGUACAAGACAAUCCCCUGCUGAUCUGGAUAUGACACCAGAACUAGACAUGAACAUUCCUGGAAGGGGAGGUAAUGGUUGACUUCCUGAGAUCUCAACAAAAGAACGCCUCGUUACUCAGUACAAGACAAUCCUCUGCUGAUCUGGAUACGACACUUGAAUUAGACAUGAAUACUCCUGGAAGGGCAGGUAAUGGUUGAUUCACAUGCAUUUCAGACUGGCAACAAGUAUUAGGAGCAACUCUUUUUGACCCAAAUGCAGUUUGGUUUCAGACAGCUACUUUUUCAGACAAUUUUCCAUUGACAAAUGUGCUUUUGUAUUCAUUGUACCAUUGAGCAUUUACAGUCUAAGAGCUAUGAUCAAUUCGGAGCAAGUUUGAUCAAGUGGUUAAAUGAUUAAUUUUCUAAUGUAUGUAGCAUCUGUGAGAGAUAAAUUUAAAGUGCAAAUGUCUCCAAUUCAACGAUGAUCAAACACGACCACAACUUCUUGAUCCUUGUUCCCUAUUUUACACUGGGAUCUAGGUAUCUAUUAAUAACCAGCAAUAUGAUCUACCUAGGUAGCCUGGUCCUUAAUAGUCAACUUACCCAGUCCAAUCAUCGUAAACUAGCAUCUGUUUUCCAUUUAUUUGCAUGUUUUGCUGUGCUGAUAAAAUCUUAAAGAAUUUUGACAAUGCAAAAACAUUUGUUCGACUCAAUUAAUAAAAUGAAAAAUAUGUUAAAACUUUUUGUAAAGAGAAUGAAGAGAAUUGUUGGUUUUGAACCAAAUCUUUUUAUCAAGCACUUUUUUUUGUAUAUUUAUGCAAUUUUCUUCGAGAUUUUAAAAAUAAAUUGUAAUCACUAAAGAC